AAAAAAAAAACCAUAAAAUGAAGCCAUAUAAAACGGAAGUUACACAUAUUGAAUCGGGUCGUUCCAAGCUUCAAGGUCGAUUCAACUAUGGCGGACAAAUCGGCGACGCAACGGCACACAUCGGAGAGAAUGGCAGCCAAUUUUUUCCGAAACCCUAAUCUAAUUUUCCCUUUCGCUUUGAUCUCCGCUGAUGCCCUGCUCAUUUCUCUAAUUAUCGCUUACGUCCCUUAUACGAAGAUCGAUUGGGACGCUUACAUGUCCCAGGUCAUUGGGUUUCUUGGUGGGGAAAGAGAUUAUAAGAACUUGAAAGGUGACACAGGGCCAUUGGUCUAUCCAGCUGGGUUUCUAUAUGUUUAUGCUGCUAUCCGCUAUGUUACUGGUGGAGAAGUUUACCCGGCUCAGAUUUUGUUUGGAAUUUUGUACAUCAUAAAUCUGGGAAUCAUCUUGGCCAUCUAUUUGAAGACUGAUGUGCUUCCUUGGUGGGCUCUAAGCCUGCUUCUUCUUUCAAAAAGAGUUCACUCUAUUUUUGUUCUCCGUCUUUUUAACGACUGUUUUACUAUGUUGCUCCUUCAUGCUUCACUGGCUUCCAUUAUUUACCAAAGGUGGCAUCUGGGGUUGAUCAUUUUCAGUGGGGCAGUUUCAAUAAAGAUGAAUGUACUACUUUAUGCUCCACCUCUAUUAAUCCUUAUGCUAAAGGCUAUGGAUAUUACUGGAGUGAUAUCUGCUUUAGCUGGUGCUGCACUUGUGCAGAUACUUUUGGCACUGCCUUUUAUCAUAUCAUAUCCAUUUUCGUACAUAUCAAGAGCCUUCAAUCUUGGACGAGUCUUCAUCCAUUUUUGGUCAGUUAAUUUUAAGUUUGUUCCAGAGCAAAUAUUUGUUUCAAAGUCAUUUGCAGUCUCUUUGUUGAUUGCUCACCUCGGUCUGCUUAUUGCUUUUGCUCAUUAUAGAUGGUGCAAGCAUGAAGGAGGCCUUCUGAAUUUUUUGCAUUCUAUACUUGUCUCAAUAAAAUUAAGAUUAUCACGUUCCACCUUGAAGAAUUCUAAUAAUGGUCAUAGAUCACUGAAGGUUCUCAAAGCAGAACAUAUUGUCACAACAAUGUUUGUCGGAAACUUCAUUGGCAUUAUAUGCGCCCGAUCAUUGCAUUAUCAGUUCUACUCAUGGUAUUUCUAUAGCAUACCUUAUCUGCUUUGGAAGACUCGUUAUCCUACUUUGUUACGUGUACUUUUGUUUGUUGGAACAGAGUUCUGCUGGAAUGUUUAUCCUUCAAAUGCUUAUUCAUCAGCACUCCUGUUAUGUCUCCAUUUAGUAAUAUUGUUUGGUCUGUGGUCUGCUCCAUCUGAAUUUCCAUAUGUAAGCAAUAAAAAAACUGAAUAGAGACAAGACAAGACCUAUAAAACACAUUCAAGUGUUUCUUUGUGUUGC